UGUGGGCAUGAGAUGUUGGAAUGGUGAGCAAUUUCAUUUUUGGGAAUUAGUUAAGGUGAGCAGCAAGGCAAGAGAAAUGGCGAGCAGGAACAAGAAAAUGUUGACGACCAGUACUCCUCUGGGAUCCACUCAAGCCAAUCCCGAUUCUGAUGCAUCCGUAAGUUCUAUAGAAUCAAUUCACAGCGCAACGAGAUCGGGCGAGAAGAGGAGAAUUCCAUGGCUGGAAAGAUAUGCGCCUUUUUCAAAAAAAAGGAUCGCCGAAAAUCGGAAGGUAUUGAGGGCUGAUUCUUCGGACGAGGCGCCCAAAAGGAAGGGCAUAGAUCCCGGAAUGAGUAAACUUCUAAUAAAGUGGACGAGAAUGACACGAAAGGGAACAAAAUCAGUAGGAGGAAAGGAGAAACUAAAAAUGAAGGGAAGUCAACGUAAGGAUCCUCCGGCUAAGGAGCCUGAAGCCAUUCGCGAGGCUCGCGAGCCCGUCGCGGAUAUUCAAUAUCUGGAUAAAGACAGAUUGUUUUUUCGACCUCCCGAUCAUGGGAAAGACGAUACCCUCUCGAUGGAUGAGGAUGAUAUGCAUGAGGUGUUACAUGGCGAGGUGUCAAAUGAAGAUAAGGAAAACGAUCCACGCGCUGACGCUCGGCAGCCGCAACUCUGGAGCCCCAGAAGAAAAUUAACUUCCUAUUUUUCAUCAGAAAGUGCAGAGCACCGAAGUCCACCUGAACCCACGAUUGAGAAGACCUCUGACCCAACAUCUGUGGGAACACCUCGGGAUCAAAAUGAAGACGGCCAUUCUCAUGCUAGCGAGAGCGUCAGGAAGACUAUCGAAGGGGUAGCGAAGAGUCCACCCUGCACGCCCUCUCAGCAGGACUCAGGGGAGCAGGAGCCAUCGACUAGUGUCGAGAAAGUUCCUCCUGACGCAGCACCUGAGGAAGAGCUUCAGGAGAGUUCUGCAUCAUUUAUUCGAAGUAAAGGUUCGGGGAGAGGUCGACGUCCUGAAGGAAAGGGAUCUUCUGAGGGUGAGGGAGUUCCUACACCAGCUCUCGAGGAAGUUGAGGAAGGGAACGAGGAAGACGAGUUCGAUAGAUUGAGUUGGGGGGAAUCGACUGGGGGACAGGGAGUCGCUGACGAGGGAGGUGGUGCAGCCGCUGAAGAAUCAACAGAGGAAGAGACGAUUAAUGAGGAGCCGCUGUUGCUGGAGCACCUUCGAUCCCGACUACAAGAAGGUAAGCGUGAGAUUUUUGCUCAGCAUCCUGAACAUCCUGGGAUCCUGGAGAGAUCGCUGAUCAAUCGAUGGCCAGUGAGAAGAAGGACCGCUGCAGAAAAAGAAAGAAUAAAACGAAUCGUCGGGUGCGCCCCCAUUGUGAGGCACAUUGGAUGGCUCACGUAUUACAGGUUCACGGCAUAUUCUUCGCCCAGUGAGGACGACAGGACGGAUGAGGAAUCGGUCCAUGAGUCAUCCCCUCGAAGAGGACGAGACACGGAAAAUUCUAGACCUGGAGGAAGAGCUCGCCCAAAGAAGAGGAAAAAUGAUAGUGGAAAUAGUUCCAUUGUCAGAUCGAAGAAGAGGAGAGCCCCUCGAAUAUUGGAGUCUUCGGAUUAUUCUCAAGGGGAAGAGAGUGGAUCACCGAUCUUGAAUCGAAAGGCUGGGAGGCAAAGAGGAAAAUCUUCUCGUUCUGAUGAGUCGUCUCUUUCUGAAGGAAGAAAAAGGAAACGAGUAAUGGAAAAAACAUCGGAGACUUCACUGCAAAUGAAGAAAUUCUCUUCUCGUGCUGUUGACACAUCUCUUCUUGAAGGAAGAAAAAGAAGAAGAGUAGAUGAGAUAUCAUCAGAGUCUUCUGAAGAUUCUGAUGGAGAGGAAAGUCGAUCAUCAGUUCCAAAUCAGAUGACUCGAAGGAAAAUGAGAAAACCUUCUCCUCGUCCUGAUGAGUCGUCUCUUCUUGAAGGAAGAAAAAGGAAAAGAGAAAUUGAAAAAACAUCAGAGACUUCACUGCAAAUGAAGAAAUUCUCUUCUCGUCCUGUUGACACAUCUCUUCCUGAAGGAAGAAAAAGAGGAAGAGUAGCUCUCAGCAGAAAGAAAGAGAAGAGUAGCUAAAAGAUUAUCAGAGUCUUCUGAUGACUCUCAUGGCGAUGAAAGUCCAAUGAACAAAUCCUCUUCCUAAAGGGAGAGACGAGUCAUCAGGGCGAUUUGCCGCACGAAAUCUUGAAGAGUCAAGUAGCGACGACCAAUCAUGAACAGCGUGACUCCACGAUAAAGCUCCAGAUGAUCUCAGUAAAUCGCACUCUAGUCAUGGAGGGAAAAAUAAUUGCAUUCCACUGUCAUGAAUUAUUAUUCAAUUAAUUUUCAUUAUUCAGCAGAGGAUGAUCACUUAACUGCUCUGAAGUGCCAAUUUUUAUUGUUUUUUCUUUUCAAUUGUUUUUUGAGACAAUAUGAAAAUUCUAUGCACAGUUCUCAAGUGCAAGAGAAAAAAACACUUAUUACAUUGAAUUAAGGUCAAUAGUGUCUCAAAUAUUCUUCACUAUUCAGCAAAGAGUUAUCACUCUUUACUUUUUUCUUUUUCUCCGAGAAGAUGAAAAAAUCAGAAAAAUCCUAUAUUAUUUGUUAUUCUUAACUGAAAACCUCUCUUUGUACCAUUGUAUCGUUAAUUGAUUUUUUAUUGUU